AACAACAGUCAGCUGAGGUGCGUCAUCCCGUAUCCACAUCCACUUUCUUCCGGAUGAAAAAAAAAAGUAACUUCGUGUAAAAAAAAAAAUUAUUUUCAUAAAAACCGGGCUUCAGGAUGGUGUGCUGUUUAUCCGUCACCGGGAUUCUACUCGGAAUUCUGGCCUUAGGACUCGCCCAUUUUUGGUUCUCGAGGCAAAAGAAAUUCACCUACUGGGAAAAACGAGGCGUACAAACCCCUGGGAAACUGAAUCUCUUAUUCGGCUCUUUGUGGGGAGCGUGGUCAAAGCGAAAUUUUUACGAGGACAUCGAACACAGGAACAAAUGCGGCAAGUUCUACGGAUUUUAUGAAGGAACGAAGCCAGUAUUCAUCGUCUCAGAUUUGGAAGCCAUCAGAGACGUCUUGGUGAAAGAGUUCGACUCAUUCGCUGAACGUAGAGACAUAAAAAUAACGAUGCCUGUGUGGAGAAAGUUCUUGACUUUCCUGCGUGGCGAAGAAUGGAAAGAAACACGAGCAGCGGUUACACCGGUCUUCUCAUCAGGGAAAAUCAAGAGGAUGUCGUCCUUCAUGACUGCAUGCGGCGACUCGCUCGUGCAGCGGCUUGAGAAGCAACUUGAAGUAUCCCCCAUUCUUGAAUUGAAAGGAAACUUGAGAUCGUUUGCGAUGGACGCAAUCGCGAAAUGCGUGUUUGCAACUGACAUUCAAGACCUCGACGACCCAGAAAAUGUUUUUGUCAAGAAUGCCAGGGAAAUUUCCGAAAGAUCGGCAAAGGGAUCCAACUCUAUUCUUAAUCUACUUUUCACCCUGAUGCCAGGUGCAUUUGUCACUUGGCUCAUAAAAGUUAUGCCAAAUUCUGCCAUGAAGCAGUUUGAUUUUUUCAUUGAUGCCGUGCGGAAUUUAGUGGAGAACCACAAGAAAGCACCACAAGAUCAAGGAGCGACGGAUUUCAUCUCUUUGCUGCUCGAACAAAUGAAAGAGGACGAAAGCGGUCGGAAAAAUAAUUUCUUGGACGAGGAAUCGAUUAUUGCUCAGAGUCUAAUAUUUUUCGUGGCUGGUUUCGAGAACAUUGCUGCUGCUUUGUGCGUUGCAAGUUUCCACCUUGCCAAGUAUCAACAUGUACAGGAAAAAUUACUCGAAGAGAUCAGACGCGUCGAGGAAGCAGCCAUUAAAGAAAAGGAUUUCAAACGUGGAGACAAGUGGUCCUACUCUAUGUACGCUCAAGUCGUCUACGCCGAUCAGAUCAUUUCGGAAAGUUUGCGACUUUACCCAGUUGGAGCUUGGUUGGAAAGGAUUGCAACGAAGGAGACGAAGUUAUGCGGGAUUGAAUUGGAAAAAGGUACACUUAUUCGCAUACCAGUGUAUGCUGUUCAUCACGACGAAGAAAUUUAUCCCGAUCCGGAAGUUUUCAAUCCGGAUAGGUUCAGUGCAGCGCAUAAGGACGAAAGGCCAGCUUAUGCAUUUUUGCCCUUUGGCCAGGGUCCGAAAAAUUGCAUUGGAAUGCGAUUUGCUCAACACGAGAUGAAUGUCGCUCUCAUUCAUCUCGCGAAGAACUUCAAGAUAAACCUCGUCUCGGAAAACGAUAACCUGGACUUUCCACCCGGCUUUAUGAUGGCUUUGAACCCAAGAGAAGUCAAAGUCAAACUUUCGAAACGUUCCUGAGUUCAUUCGUGUGUUUGUGUUUGAAAUUGUGUGCAACUUUCUGACGUGAAAUCGAAAAUGUGGGAAAGAUUAUAGCCUCACUUCCUGCUCACGCAAAA